AGUGUUUUUGAUUUUGAGUAGUUGAUUUGGUUUAGUAUUAACUGUGUAAUAAGUGAGAUUACAGUGUGUGUCACUUUAAGAGUCAGUCUUCGGGUGGCUUCUUGAUAUUAAUAGAGCUGCUGCUGUGUCUUCCUCCUCUGACGUAAUGCCCACAGCCUACAGAGAGACAGGCAGAGAGGUCCUGUCACAGCAAAGCGAUAACACUAGUCUGAACAAAAAAAAUAACAGAUAACGAGUUGUUGUGCUUUGGUUUGCUGUGGCCAGCAAAUCCGGGCUCUGGGCGGCUGAAUAACAUACUUAUAACAUCGGAAUAUUACAAUACCAGAGCCAACCUAACUCACUAAUCAGUCGCUAUCAGGGUUGCCGUGAAGCCUUAACUAUCUCUCUUUCCCUCUCAGACCAAAGAAAAAAAGAGACAGCCAAGACACAGUCACCCCGUCCGACAUCAUCAACAAACAAAAACCCCACAAAGAGACGAACCAGCCAACCAGCCAGCCAGCCACCAUCUUAACAGGCUGCUGAAAGAGACACACACUGAGAGAAAAGAGGCUAAUGCUUAUUUUGAUCAACAGGUUGUUAAGGUGAUGCUGGAUUCUGACAACCGUGACUGAGGACCUAAAGCGAAGACCAGACAGCAAGAAGGGCAGCCAUCAUAAUACUUCUUCCAUGGAACUACAUCACACCUGAUCUAACUCAAAGCUGCUUUUGCUCAGCUGUUAAGAAUAAGAGGAGCAACAUCCCUGGACCAAAGCUGGCUGAUUCUACACGGAGUUAAAAACCUUCUUAAACAAAUGUUUUUGCUCUGAUGUUCACGGACGUGUGUGGAGUUACGUGGACCUGAUAAAAAAAUGGAGGGAUAUUAGUUAGGGCCCGACACCUGGUUUUCUGCUUCCCAUUAUCGUGUGGAGUACGGAGGGCCAGUAGCCGAACUGUUGGCUGCUGCUGGACGGAGCUUCGCGGCGCUGGGUCGAAUCGAGCCGCUUCAACAGAACUGAUGCCAAGAGUCAGCCAUGAUGUUUUUGUAACCUGAUGAACAGCAGAGAGAUGGUGAGGAAGAAGAAUCCCCCUAUCCGGAGUGUGGGAGGUGAGGAGGAGGAAGAAGAAGAGGGGAGGAGGCCCGCAGGAGAAGAGGAGGAGGAGGGAGAGGAGGAGGGAAGAGUAGGAGCAGAGGCCGAACGCAUAAACCGACCCUCUGAGCCAGAAUCCUCCGACCGGAUCAGAGGAGAUGAGGAGCAGGAAGAGGAGGAGGGGGAGAGCGAGUGCGUAUCCUCGUCUGUCUCUCCCUCAUCCGUUGGCGACCGCUACAGCAAUGAGGAGAGGGGGGGGAGGAGAGGAGGCGGCAGGAGGGCCACACAAGGAGGAGCGGUGUUGAAUGACAGGCCCGAGAGCCAGUCGGAGCCUGAGGACGGGGAGAAGGGGGUAGAGGAAGGAGAGAAGAGUGAAAGAGACAGAGGGGAGUCAGAUCAUCUCACGACUCCUCUCCACUCUGCUCCCCACCUCCUCCCAAGACAGGAAGGAGGGGAGGAGUCAACAACUGACACCCCUCCGCUUUCCUCCAGCCCCUCUCCCAAACUCCAGGACUUCAAGUGCAACGUGUGCGGUUACGGUUACUAUGGCAACGACCCCGCCGACCUGGUGAAGCACUUUAGGAAGUAUCACCUGGGCCUGCACAACCGCACACGGCAGGAUGCUGCCCUCGACACGCACAUCCUGGCCCUCCAUAACAUGGCUCCCCAACACACACCUCUAGAUAUACAAGCAGGACAGGGGCAGAGGAACCAAGCCAAAGAGUUGGGGAAGACAAGACCAGAUAUGCACAAUCAGCAGCACAGGACAGUUAUGAUGAAUGGCACAUAUGACGUACAGGUGAUGCUGGGUGGCACGCUAAUUGGGAUUGGGCGCAAGACCUCCGAUUGCCAGGGGAAUACUAAGUACUUUCGCUGCAAAUUCUGCAACUUCACAUACAUGGGCAGUAAUUCCUUAGAACUUGAACAACACUUCCUGUCCUCGCAUCCAAAUAAAGUCAAAACUCCGCCAAGCACGCCCCUGCUGGCCACCAAUAACCUUGCAACGCACGACAACCAGGCAAAGGAAAAGGGUCAAAUCUUAGACGGGGCGGAGCGAGUCGCUGUGAGAGCUGAAGAUGACUCCUUGGUUGGGUACUCCAUUCCAGUCAGGGCAUGUUCAGAUUCAUCAAGCUGGACAGGGGAGCCGGGUCGAGGGGCUGUGCAGGCGUAUUAUUGGUGUAAAUUCUGCAGCUGGAGUUGCGAGUGGUCAGGGGGCUCGGCGAAGCUUUUAGAUCACUAUGAACAAAGACACAGAAUGAGCACGGGAGGUACUAUGAGCCCCAACAACUCAAAUGCCGGGGGGAUGGACAUGGAGCGGGAGAGAGGAGGGAGAAGAGAAGGAGGAGAAAGAGACCACACGGCAUCCAAAAGCCGCAAAGAUCUAUCAUCUAACCCAUCCAGCACCAGCCAAGGAGACCCAAACAGCAGCGAUUCGGAAGCAGUCGUGACCAGCUAUAACUGUCAGUUGUGUGAUUUCCGGUACUCAAUGGCCCACAGUGCAGAUGUGAUUGUAGUAGCACCGUUGCUACUGCACUACCAGCACAACCACUCCAUCCACCGAUGCUGCAUUCAGCACUGCAUGUAUUGUCCACAGGGGCUCUGUCAGCCGCAUAAACACCUGGGGGAGGUGUCUCACCCCUUUGCUUGUCGGAAGCCCACCUGCUCUAAAUGCUGUUCCAAGUUUCCUCAGUCCACCAAACAGCAGGACACAGUCGGCUCAAAACCCGCUACCACCACCUCACCCAGCAUGACCCCUUCUAAUCCUAGAGGUGACCCUGGUAUGAUUUCAUUAUCAACGUUUCACCCCUCUAACCCUGCCCAUCCUGUUGUCACACAAGGCGUCACCCACUUGUGUGACCAGUGUGCGUUUGCCACCACCGACAUCGAUGUGUUGCUCCAACACUACGAAAGCUGCCACACCCUGAUUAACCUAAAGGGGGCUCCACCACAUGUCAAGGCCGAGGAAGAGAUUGGGGGAGAGAAGGAAGGGGGGAGAGGAGGAGGAGAGAGAGAGUACUCUUGUACAAAGUGUCACUUCAUCACGGAAGUGGAAGAGGAGAUUUUUAGACACUACAGACGUGUCCACGCGUGUUGCCGUUGUCGCCGCUGUGACUUCACGGCUCCUGAUUCGUCGGCCCUCCUCGACCAUUUCAACUCCGCCCACUGCCAUGAAUCCUCUCCCUCAUUAAGCUCAUUGACAACGACGUCCUUAGCCACCUCACUGACGACCACACUGAUGCCUUCAUUAACACUCUCAGCCAAUGGCUGCUCAGCUCCCUCUACCUUAGCCAUUAAAGAAGAAAGUAAGGGGGAUCUUCGCCUCCUCUACUCCCUUGCGCCACCGGAGGGACGGUUGGCAGAAGGAGGCAGAGAAAUGGUAGGUGGGGUGGUAAAAAGUGAGGGAAGUGAGGAGAAAGAACGAGAGCGGGAGAAAGGCUGGGUUCUUGGGGAGACAAAAGGACUAGGAGAAAGAGGAAGUGAGCAGGCCCACGGUUUACUCUGGGUGCCCAAGGAGCGAAUGGGACCCGAAAGAGGAGUAGAACGAGGAACAGGAGGUGGGAGCCCUUCUCGUUUCUCCUCCCCCCUGUCAUUGUCGUUUGUUUCAGCCAAUCAUGAGGCCUCGCAGCAGAAAAGAGGCGUGGCUUCACCUAGCAUGGUUUACCUGGGAGACACAAAGUCGUUUUUGGGAGAUACCAAGUCGUUUUUGGGAGAUGCCAAGCUGUACGGAGGAGGAAGGCCAGGAGGAGCCACCGCAGGUGGAGGUGGAGGGGAGAAACAGAUCCAGAUGCCCGCUCAGCAGUACACAGGAGGAGGGAGUGGAGGUGGAGGAGGACAGGAGGCGAAAGGAGGAGCCGCUAAAGAGGAGUCCCAAUCACUGCUACGGCGGCGUAGAGGCAGCGGGGUCUUCUGUGCAAACUGUCUGACCACCAAGACAUCAUUGUGGAGGAAGAACGCUAAUGGAGGCUACGUCUGCAACGCGUGUGGUUUAUACCAAAAACUACAUUCGACACCCAGACCUCUAAACAUCAUAAAGCAGAACAACGGUGAACAAAUUAUCCGACGGCGAACCCGCAAACGCCUCAACCCUGACUCGCUGUCAUCUGAACCCCCCGCCCCCAAGCAACAACGCAUCACCAGCGAGGAGCGUAUGAACGGGGAGGAGUCAGACAGAAGCUGCGCAACAAUCAAAAACCAGCAGCCCUCCCCUCGCUCACGCUCACCCCGAUCUACUCAAGCUUUCCUAGCCAAUCAAACAUUGGAGAUCCACCGACGCAUGCCUCCCCUGCUCCUCCCGUCACAUCCCCCCUCCACAUUGGUAGCUGAGGGAAAUGGGGGCAUCACUGAAGGAGGGAUAACAUCAAAACUAGAGGGAGGUAAAGGAGGAGGGGGGUCAGAAAGAGGCAGUCCGAUUGAAAAGUACAUGCGUCCAACCAAACCGUCUAGUUAUUCGCCUCCUGGUUCACCCAUUGAAAAGUAUCAGUAUCCACUUUUCUCCUUACCCCUACCAUUAACGCUCUCCCCUGAUUUGACACCUGAGUCGGAUUGGCUCAGAUUCUGGACCAAGUAUAAGAUGGCAGCUGCCUCUGGGGUUCCUGGUAGCAUCAGUAAUCUAAGCAGCCCUGGUAGCAUUGGAAGUAACGCUCAUUAUCUUGGUGCAAUGGUGACUCCAGUACAUCAUCAUCAGCAAAGCUACACAGUGCCUUACUGCUCCUCUCCCUAUUCUCCUCUCCCCCCUCCUCCUGCUCCUCCUCACUAUCCUCCCCCUCCUCUUCAAUCUCAAAUCUCUUCACCAUCAUUAGAAAAUGAUGGUCCUUUGGAUCUUGCAAUAAGACAAAGAGAUACAAGUGCUGCACAUGCCCACCUGUCAACAAAUGGUGCAGAGAGGAGAAGGCAAGAGUCGCCACUCGCUGAGAGGUCAAGAGAGAACUGGAAAGGAGAGAAAGAGGAGGAGGAGAGGACAGAUGAAGGAGGGACCCAGAGGGAGGAUAUGGGAAAGGAAGAAAAGGAUAAUUUGACAAAAAGUCAGUCAAGUGUCCCAUCAAAUCGCACCAUGGUGGAGGUGGCCACGCAGGAUGACCUGACCAACCGUUGCAUCCACUGUGGGAUCUACUUCCUAGACGAGGUCAUGUAUGCCCUGCACAUGAGUUGCCACGGUGACCAGGGACCAUACCAAUGCAGUUUUUGCCUCCACGUCUGUGCGGAUCGCUAUGAUUUCACCACGCACAUACAGAGGGGCUUACACAGGUACACAGACAAAACGUCGCAAAACAGGGGUCACACGCAGGACAGCAUAAUUCAGAACGUCACUGUGACAACAGAGCGCGAGUGUCAUUAUGCGACGCCAAAGGAAAAAGAUGGAGGGGAUCAUAGUGAGAAUACAGAUGAACGCAAUGAUGUCAUAGGAGUUUGUCCUGACAACCAAGCAAAAGGAAUUACAGGCGAUGAUUCCAGUGACAAUGAAACGGGAGUUGAAGAGGAGGUAGGAGGGGAGGAUCAUGACAUAACAAACCAGGAAUUAGGAGACACGGUGGUGUCAGAUAAUAAUAAUGAUAUCGCAAAACCCACAGAGGUCACGACUGUUGCUGAAUCUAAAAACUUAGAUGAGAACGCAGAGAGCAAUUAAUCUGAUGCCUUUGACUCAUACAAACCUUGAAGAACGCGUUUUAUUGGAUGAAUAAGCUGUAUGCCUCCAUGUUCCUGGAGGCUAGCUCAUGUCAAAAUGGGCCUAUCCUGGGCACUAAAUGGAACACAUCCUUAUGCUGGAAGCACUCGGCUGUCAAAUGGUCAAAAAUCAUUGUAGGAUCCCGAUGAACUGCUGCAGGGACAGUUUGGAGAAAUGGCCUGAAUCCUGUCUUGAGUGACGGUCACUUGACAGCUCUGUGGCAAGUAUUCAACAACAGAGUCCGGGCAUGCAGCUGAAAUCACCUUAAAUAAACAGCCACUUUGUGUGCUUUCCAAAUAAGAGGAUUGAAAGCUCGACUGAAUGUUGGACUAGUCUCAUUUAGGAUGAGUUUGAGGAGCUCAGCACUUGCACAGUCAUCAUACAGCAGAGCAAAAAAAUAACAAAAAAAAUAUGCUAGAAGCAAAACACUUAAACUGAACUGAACUGAGCUGGUCUUUUAUGUACCACGCUAAACUGAACCCUGACCUGGUUCAAACUAGUCUGAUGCAUCAUUCAAACUGUUUUAUCUUGGUACAACCGGAUCUGAUCUGGUUAGAACUACUUUGUUCUGGUCUGGAGCAUGUUUUUGACUGUUUUACCUCUGUGCAAAUGGAUCCAAAACCAAAACUUAUUUUUGACUCUAUAAAACUGGUCCAGAGUUAAACCAGUUUGUGCUGGGCUGCAGUUCAGCUGAGGUUACCUUGGUACAAAAGGAUCAGUUGGUUUCUUUUACUUGUGCCCUGUUGUCCCUGAAACUGUCAUUGCAAAACCACCACCUCUGCAACGUGGCCCACAAUGGGAGACUGUGUUGUGUUUGAUUUGACCGUGACUUUUUUUGAACUGCUUGAAAAACCGGAGUGAUUCCGGACCGAAGUGUUCUCUUCAUCCAUUUGGAUCGAACCAAGUGACAUUCUUUUCUACCUUCCUCCGUGCCAUGAUACUAGCUAUGUGCCUGGCUGCCUGCCUAAUAGAACAACCAUCUAUUAACCUGCUUAACAUUUAUAUUAAUGAUAAUAAUGGUAAUAAUAAUUAUGAUGAUGUUAUAGUGCAAAACAUGCAAUUUGCUACACUUUCCUAUAUAAUAUGUUAUUUUGUAAAGGCAAAUAAUGCUUUUUUUGCGGAAAUGGUACUAUAAAAAUUAGUCUAUUUGAGUUUUUUUAUUUUUGAGCUGUUUGUUGUUAUUGUUAUUAUGGAGACUUGUUACAUUGAUAACAGCCGUCUAACAGAAAUGGUACAGAAAGGGUGGGGGUGGGGGUUGUGUGUAUGUGUGCAUUUGUGUAAUUGCAUUUAUGUGUGUAAGGAUCAAAGGAUGUGUCCGUCCCCAAACAAUGAUGUAAAAUAAUGAAGGCUUGCGCUCGGCAUUUCAGUCCUCAGGGGUCACACUUGUUGCAUACCAACCCACCUGUUUCAUAGCAUGUGACACAUCAUUUUUACAUGAUAGGUCUAAUGGCUUUAGUAUAUUGCAUAAUGCCCUCUUAUAUAUGUUUUUAUCAUGUUCUUUAUGUGUUAAUAGGUCAAAAUGGUCUUGUAGCGUUUCUAUAUGUCUUUCAACAUUGCUAGGUUACAUGGUUUUAUGGAGAGACUUAGGAAGAUAAAUUUUAUCAUAAGGAUCAAUUAUUUGGAUUAACUAUAUAAACUUUGACUCUGUAUUGAGUCUACAGAGCGUCUUGCCUACAGUGUUUUAUUCAGCUACUCUAAGAGUUUGAUAGGUUAGCUCUAUGUAGCAUGUUAGUGUGCAAAAUAAGUUGCCUUUUCUAUGGAUGGGAACUGUUACACGUUAGACCUGAAUAAUACUGAAAAAACAUUGUACAUUUUUAUAAUCCAGUCAAGUGAAAUUAUCACAUUGCUUUUAACUCACACCAUCCCACUUUUAUUCCAUUUCAUUACCCGUGUAUAGGUUCUCAAUCAGUGUACACACCUUAGGAAAAGACCCCUCGAUACCAUAACUGCGUCUCUCUUUAAAUCAAAAUUUUCAUUGUUUAUUUUCAUCAUUGAGAGAGUCGUGACUGUCAGGUCCUUGAGUCCCCCACUAUGCGUCAAAAUGGAGCAACACAGUGGCCAUCUUGUUUAUUUUUAUAAAGGGAGAAUUACUCUCCAGCCUUGCUGCCUUAGUUGCUAGAAAACAAAACAAAAUCACCAAGAAACUCCUUUGAAGGAAAUAAUAAUAGGCCGAAAGAAAAUAAAUGACAGGAAGGAAGAACGAAUGAGAAAACAUAUUUUUCUAUGCUUAUCCAAAAGACAUGAAUGAAAUAUAUUUCGCCUAGUGCCUGGUAACAUGUACAGUUUUUCUAAUAGUAUGUUUGUCUGUGUCAAAUCAUUGUGUAAAUUAUUAGUCAGGCAGAAGUUGGGCAAACAUACUGCUGUGUUGAUUCUCAUGCACCAAGUUAUCAGAGUCAUCCAUUAUGAUGCUUGCUUUCAUCCUGGCUGUCUGACUGGUCAGAUACCUGUUCACACUUGGCAUUCAGCCCACGAGAAAGACCCACAUAUUCUUUUAAAAACUGAAAUUGGUUGCUGUGCUAACUGUCAAUCACUAGUUAACCAUCUUUACAUUUUUGCAUGUAUGUACACAACUUUGUAGAAAUGUUGAGACGUAUGACUCUGUAACUUUUGUAUGAAAGACGUAAUACCAAGAAGAUUAUCUCUACUGUGUAUUUGGUUUUUGGAGAAGAUGAAUUAUCGCAUGCAGUCCUGUUGCCAGAGUGCCCGUAUCAUGGUAAAGGAAAAGGCCAUUCUAAGGUGUUAUUAAUUUAAAGAGGAGUUUAUCAUUAAUAUUUUUAACACGUUUUCAAUAAGUUAAGUCAAGUCAAGUCUUUCUUGCAGAAUAAGGCAGCAAACAGUAAAAUAAAACAAAUAAUCUACUUUACAAAAUGAAAUAGCUGAACUUUUCACCAGAUCAGUGUGUUGUUGUAUGCUGGUUGCAGGUUAAUACCUCUAGUAUUUAUGUUAAACAUUAAAGCAUUUUUGUUUUUUACAUAGGAAGACCUCAUAUACUCUGUAUGUUGAGGCAUCAUAGAUACUCUUAUUAUCUGAAUUUUUUCAUUGAUUAUAAACCUUUUUUUAGUUUCUGUUAAAGUGCUCAAGGUUUAUUACGUUUGCGUCAUGCGUUAACUCAACAGCCAAAAAAAACCCCUGUCAAACCAGCACUGCACACAGUACUGAGUAUGUCACAUUAAAACACUAAGAAACCAACUAUUUGUAUAACUAUCGGUGCAACAUAUUUACAUUGGAGUUGGAAGUUAUUGCUGUUGUAAUUGCAGUAAUUGCUUUGCAAAUGCAAAGAAAUCAGUCUAUUUAGGAUGGCACAAAUUCAUGUGUGGCACCCUUCUGUCUGACACACAUCCCACUCUGGUGUCAAGUGCAAGCAUUAGUGUCCUCUAAAGAGUCUGUGCCAUGUAUGGCUCCACUAUCCAUGUCUGUUGGGGCCUUUUAACUGCAUUAGUUACAUGUUUUAGAAAUGCUUUUAUUCUGAAGUUUGCCCUGUAUUUGCUGAAUAGGUUCGAUCAUUCUGUAUAAGGCCUGAUGAAGUCAUUUAAAAAAAAAAAAUUGGUUGAAUAUAUUCUUGGAAAUCUCUUGCGCUAAUGUGUAAAGUUUUUAGGAUUAACUUUUUCUUCUUUUUUUUCGGUUAUGGGCAUCUCUUAAGGGGCCGUUAGCAUAAUAAAACUGUUUACAUUUGCAAAUGUAGCAACGAAAAAAGGUAAAGGAAUGAAGCAUUGCUUUCUUAAAAGACGCUGAGAUGGAUAGAUGGGUGCCUUUGAAGAAUAUAUGGGUAGAGGGAGAAUGGGAUCAAAUGACGCUUGUAGCAGCUGAUAAAAAGAGGUUUAGUUUAUUCAUCCAUUUAACCCCUGUCUUCUGUUUGUCUCUUUACCUCCCUUUAACAUCACUUGUAUUUUUCUCGUAUGUUGUCUAAUUUGACAUAUACAUCUCUUUUCUUUUUAUCUCUACACCUACUGUUACUGCUCUCUGUCACUUAUCUCUUCUGUGUUCCUCCACUUUCUUUUGAUAAAGCUAUUCUCAGUUGACAGGUUGAGGGGAUUUAAAGAGAGUUAGGUGAUUGUGUCAUACUGUGUUGCUUCCAAAAAGCUGAGGUCGACUCAGUUACUCCACGAACCUAUAUACUUAUGUUGACUUUAGGCUGAAUUUCUCUCCUAGUUGAACGGCCCAUGGGUUUGUUGAGAGGAAUUGUUACCAGCAGUAACAUUUCAAAUACUUGCCAGAAGCAAAGUGUGGAUUUUCUAAGAUUUAAGUUCAUUCAUUUGCCAACGGGACUCACAUUUGAAAAAAAUUCAGUCUAUUAAAGAUGUAAAGUCCUUUCAUUCAGUCAUUUUCAUGGGGUUUCUAGGAAACAGUAGGAGAAAGAUAUGUUUUAAAAAGGAUCAAAUAGAUUUGCCUUUUUUUUAUUUGUAAAAAUCUGGGUGUUCAUCACAUCUUGAUGAACCACAAGGAUUUCUCAGUGGGCUGGAGACAAAUUCUGAUGCCAAAAUGUUUCAAUAGUUUAGCUUUUGAAAGAAAACCCUUUCCCUGUCAGCUACGUACUGAGAAAGAACACAGCCUUGAUAAUAAAAAAAAACUUGUUCAUGCACAUUUUUCAUAUUCAUGUGCUCUGCAGAACCCUUUGCCAUCAAGAAAUAUCUUCUUUUGUGUAGGAAAUUUUGGGAGAACAUUUUAGUUGUCAUUUAUGGUUCAAAAUAGGCAAUUUUAGUAAGAAAUGAGGUUCUGCAGGACACACAUGACAUGACAUGUUUUACUUCAAAUAUGAGUGUAUGUCUUAGGCUUGACGGUAUUUCAUAUCAUCGUUUACAUUGGGUGAGGGAGGGGGGCUUAACAAGUGUUUUCAUUUUUGUCUUUGUCAUAAUGUGUUAUAGAAAAUGAUGCUGUUGCUUGCACUCCAUUUAUUAUGUUCUUAUUGCCAAGGAAGGGAUAACACACACACACACAUGUACACACACAGUGACACACGCCAGUAGUGGUACGGAUUGAGUGUGCAUUUUGAGAUGUACAGUAUUAACCAUGGGAGACAAGGGAGCUAAAGGCCAGUUUAUUAUUGGUCAGACACACACACAAACAAACACACAUGUAUGCACACACACAUCAACUAUGUACAUUUAACCAAUAUAUGUUAGUAGAAUUUUGUCUCUAUUCAGUUGAAUGGCUUUUGUAGAAAACUUGGAAAAUUUUUUUUUGUUAGGUUUUUUUCCUUCUCAUGUAUUUUAUUCUGCUACCUUUCUGUACGUUAUUGUUUUUAGGUUUUAUUUCAGCAACAUAUUUUGACAGCCAAGAAAAAGUUUGUUACACAGCUAAACUUGAAGAAUAAUGUUGAUGAUGAUGACGAUGAUAAUAAUUAAUAAAAGUAAUAACAAACACA